CAUGAAAGUGGAUCGAUGGUUCUUGACAAAUAUUAACUUUUCCAAUUUCCAUUGCACUAAACUCUUGUCAGUUCAUAAUUCUAUUGUUCCUGGUACGAAAAAAAGGGUUACAAAUUUUCAACCGGAUUUCUCGCUUCAUAAACGUAUAAACUUUUUUGAUGAAAAUGGAAAUGUAGAAUUAGUUUAAAUUUACUCGUAUCACAGAGAUAGUACCACGUGUCGAUACGAUACGCGUAAUCUAUCUAUGAAUGCAACGAUGCACGGUUAUGUUGUAUAUAAAGCACGGGUAAGCGGCCAACACAGACACAAGAAACACACAAACGCACACUAUAGCAUCGUUGGCAAUAGGGACUUGGUUAAAGCUGCUUCAACAUCAGUCUUCUACCGCGAUUUGUCGUGUGCUGAGCUUUCGUGUGCUUCCCAUGUCUUUUAUCCGCUAAAGUCGCUCUUCCUUUACAAAAUUAUCAACGUUUCAUGAACAAUUAACGAUUUAUACGCGGUUGAACGCUGGCUCUUAGCGUUGUUCCAUAGUUUGAUAAGUACAAAUUGCGCGUAAUAUUCGAAGUUCGCCGAUUUCGUCUGCGGUAAAUUCGAGGAACGAAAAAAACAUUAAGAGUAAAUGGCUUUAGCGAAGAGAACGUAAAGCUUUUGGAAAUAACGCGGAGAUCAACCAUGCCCGUAGAAUCGGAGUUCAAGGCAGAGCAAAGCAACGAAGGGACACGCGAGUGCUUGAAGCACGCUGCUACGCAGAACGUGUCUUUGUCGCAUCUUAGGAAAUUACCACCUAUCGACAUCGAAUUCAAUGACCUGACUUACACGAUACCUUACGGACCAAGAGGUUCGAAGGUGAUUUUGAGGGGAAUUUGCGGGCAAUUCAAGUCCGGAGAAUUGACGGCGAUCCUGGGUCCUUCGGGCGCUGGAAAGUCUACCUUGCUCAACAUCCUCGCAGGAUACAGAGUAACCGGGGCCGCGGGACACGUUAGCAUCAAUGGAGAUGCACGGGACGUGGAGUCUUUUAAGAAAAUAUCAUGCUACAUUAUGCAAGAGGACCUCAUUCAACCGAGACUCACGGUAUACGAGGCGAUGCAAUUUGCAGUGGACCUGAAACUUGGAAAUGUCCCCAAAGAAACGAAACUGACCGCUAUCGAAGAAAUUUUGGACAUCCUACGACUAACCCGUGCGAAAGACACGAUUGCCGAAAGGUUAUCGGGUGGCGAGAGGAAAAGGCUUUCCAUCGCGUUGGAACUCACGAACAAUCCUCCGGUCAUAUUCCUCGACGAACCAACCUCGUAAGUACUUGGGUUGAGGGGAAUUUGCGGGCAAUUCAAGUCCGGAGAAUUGACGGCGAUCCUGGGUCCUUCGGGCGCUGGAAAGUCUACCUUGCUCAACAUCCUCGCAGGAUACAGAGUAACCGGGGCCGCGGGACACGUUAGCAUCAAUGGAGAUGCACGGGACGUGGAGUCUUUUAAGAAAAUAUCAUGCUACAUUAUGCAAGAGGACCUCAUUCAACCGAGACUCACGGUAUACGAGGCGAUGCAAUUUGCAGUGGACCUGAAACUUGGAAAUGUCCCCAAAGAAACGAAACUGACCGCUAUCGAAGAAAUUUUGGACAUCCUACGACUAACCCGUGCGAAAGACACGAUUGCCGAAAGGUUAUCGGGUGGCGAGAGGAAAAGGCUUUCCAUCGCGUUGGAACUCACGAACAAUCCUCCGGUCAUAUUCCUCGACGAACCAACCUCAGGAUUGGACGAGAUUUCUGCGACCCAGUGUAUCGAUCUACUGGAACGUUUGGCGCGAUUGGGAAGAACCGUAAUUUGCUCCCUUCACACACCGAGCGCGAGUAUUUUCGCGAAGUUCGAUCAUAUUUACAUUGUAGCCAGCGGUCAAUGCGCUUACAGGAACUCCGUACAGAAUUUGCUACCGUUUCUUCAGCAAGUUGGUUUGGAGUGUCCGAAGCACUAUAACCCUGCCGAUUUCGUGAUUGAAAUGUCUGCCGGUGAAUACGGUGCAGAAUGGAUAACUCGAAUGGUGAGUUUCGUGGACACGGAAAUGCCUAUUGACCCUAUUUCCCGGCCAGCAACGACGUACCCGAUGAAACGAAUGUCGAAGAUUCCCUGGUUCGAUCAAUUCACUACUCUCUCGAGGAGGAUGUUGUUACAGCUGUACAGAAAUAAGAACUACGUGUAUCUAAAAAUCGGGUUACAUAUAUUCCUCGGCUUCAUCAUCGGAGGGUUGUUUCUGGACGUCGGAAACGAUGGGACGAAGACCUUGUUCAAUUUUGGUUUUUGCUUCGCUUGUUUAAUAGUUUUCCUCUACGUGCCUAUGUUACCGGUAUUAAUGCACUUUCCUUCGGAAGUUCAACUUAUUAAACGAGAAUAUUUUAACUUGUGGUACGACUUGAGUCCGUAUUAUUGCGCUUUCACUGUGGUCAACAUACCUCUGCAGGUAAUCGUAUCGUCGAUAUAUCUAUUGAUGGUAUACGUAAUCACGGGGCAACCUAUGGAGCUCUUCCGAUUCACAAUGUUUUUUAGCGUAUGCCUGUUGUGCGUGUUCAUAGCCGAAAGUAUGGCACUGGCUAUAGCCAGCACGUUAAAUAUAGUGAACGGUACGUUCGUUGGACCUGCGAUCACCGUUCCUCUGAUGCUAGUCGCGGUACAAGGACUGGGCGAAACACAAGAUCUGCCUAUUUAUCGUAAACUAAUAAUGUAUCUCAGCUACAUUCGGUACGGCCUGGAAGGACUUAUAACCGCUUUGUACGGUUUCAACCGUGGAACAUUAUAUUGUCCACCGACAGAAAUAUUAUGCGAAUUCGGUGCACCUCCAGUACUUUUACAAACUAUGCAAAUGAAGCACGCGGUAUUUUGGAUAGACUUUCUUGCCCUGAUAAUCAUUCUCGUUUUCCUAAAGAUCACUACUUACUACUUAUUAAGACAAAGGCUUAGACCGAACAAAACAUUCCAAGCGCUUCAUCUUAUCGGGAGAUUGAUAAAGAGUCAUUUUAAUAUAGCUACUUGAAGAAACUAGUCUCUUCUCGCAACGAAUAUGUACAAAAUAUUAACUGGAAAGAAAGGAACAAUUUUUCGUUCGUUGAUUGUGAUAGGAAGCCAAAUAAUUACUUUCAAACGGAGACAUUUGAAAUGUCGGAAAAUUCAUUAUUUUUUAAGUAUGAGGAUGUAGUGAUCUACCUGAUGGUUAGGGUGUAUUUAUCAUUUAUGAAAUGAGAAAUAAUCGUCAACGUUGUCUUGAGAUCGUCUUUGUACGAUCAACGUCUGAAUAUCAUAAAAUAUUAAUGAUAUCACUAAAGGUUAUAAGAUUAAGUUUCAUAACGCGGUUUUUUAUAUUUUAUAGAUCAUAGUGCGUAUUUUGUAAUAUCAGUGUCUAAUUAAAAUGCGGAAAUAAAUGUGUCAGCAUUUAAAGCAA